UGAACCCUGCUACUCAUGUGACACGGCGUCUGCUUGGACAAAGCGGGCGCGGUGGAAGCGCUUUCGCACUGCCUAGGCUCUCCGAAGAGAAAGAAGGCACACGCUGGAACAUCACCCGCCCCACACCCAACCCUUCCCGAAUCCUUGGCUCAAUCAGCAUCAGCUCGAGUAUGUCGCUGGCUUAACUUGGGAUCAACUUUUCGGCUUUAGAGGGCAGGUUGGACUGAAGAAGCAAUGAUCGCUUCAGCUUGGCCAAAGCGCGCAAGUCAACACAAGUGCUCGGGUGCCUGGGGCUGACUCCUUGAGAUCUGAGUCAAUGUACUUACACUCAUAUCCUCUCCUAUUGUUUAAUCCUUUUUAAUGGCUACGGCUGUUAUUGUCAGUACACGAAAAGAUGCCUGUCAUGAAAGGGUUGCUUGCGCCGCAGAACACCUUUCUGGAUACAAUAGCAACACGAUUCGACGGAACUCACAGCAAUUUUGUUCUGGGAAAUGCUCAGGUAUUGAACGUGUAUCCUAUUGUGUACUGCUCCGAUGGAUUCUGCGAACUGACUGGCUAUGCCCGAGCUGAACUCAUGCAGAAGAGCUGUGCUUGUAAGUUUCUCUAUGGAGUAGAAACGAACGAAGCCAUGAAAAUUCAGAUCCAAAACGCAUUGGAUGAGAAACGUGAGUUCAAGACUGAACUGAUCUUCUAUAAGAAGAGUGGUGCAUCAUUUUGGUGUCUGCUCGAUAUUGUCCCAAUUAAGAAUGAAAAGGGCGAAGUGGUGCUGUUCCUAGCUUCGCAUAAAGACAUCACUGAUAGCAAGAUCAAGCUGUCACCAGACAAUACAAAGGAUUUAGAUGAUGUGGAAAUCUACCAAAACACCAGGCCACCUGGUUUCAACGCCAACAGAAGAAGAAGCAGGGCUGUCUUGUACCACCUGUCAGGACACUUACAGAAACAGGAUAAGAGCAAGCUCAAGCUCAACAAUAACGUCUUUGGAGAGAAGCCGGCACUUCCAGAGUACAAAGUUGCAGCUAUUCAGAAAUCCAGGUUCAUUCUGCUUCAUUAUGGCACUUUCAAGGCCGGAUGGGACUGGUUGAUCCUCUUGGCAACAUUUUAUGUUGCAGUCACUGUUCCGUACAACGUGUGCUUCAGCAUCAGCAGAGAUGACCAUUCUGCUGCUUCAAGAAACCCUCCUAGCGUGAGUGACAUCUUUGUGGAGAUCCUCUUCAUGCUCGACAUCAUGCUGAAUUUUCGGACAACAUAUGUCAGUAAGUCGGGACAGGUUGUCUAUGACCCUCGCUCAAUCUGUGUGCACUAUGCAACUACCUGGUUCUUUGUGGAUCUUAUAGCUGCACUUCCCUUUGACCUUCUCUACGCAUUCAAUAUCAAUGUGUAUUUUGGCGUUCAUCUACUGAAAACUGUGCGCUUACUACGUCUGCUACGGCUGCUUCAGAAACUGGACCGCUACUCACAGUACAGUGCUGUGGUCCUUACACUGCUCAUGUCCAUGUUUGCCCUGAUAGCACAUUGGAUGGCCUGUAUCUGGUACUUUAUUGGGCAGAAGGAAAUUGAAGCCAAUGACCUUUCCACCUGGGAAAUUGGAUGGCUUCAUGAAUUGGCAAAGAGGUUGGGAACUCCAUACAUAUCCAUUUCUUCAAUGAGUGCCUCCAACUCUGUGGACUCCACGAGCCAGGCCACCUUUGUUAACUCCAGCACUGGAGCUAACAGUUCCAGCUUUGAACUGCUCGGUGGUCCCUCAAUCCGAAGCUCCUACAUCACUUCACUCUACUUUGCACUCAGCAGCCUAACCAGUGUGGGCUUUGGGAAUGUGUCGGCUAACACUGAUGCUGAAAAGAUCUUUUCCAUAUGCACCAUGUUAAUUGGAGCUCUCAUGCACGCUGUAGUAUUUGGAAAUGUGACUGCUAUAAUCCAGAGAAUGUAUUCCCGACGGUCCUUAUACCACACCAGGACAAAAGAUUUGAAGGAUUUCAUCCGUGUUCAUCGAAUUCCCAAGCAGCUGAAACAGCGAAUGCUCGAAUGUUUCCAGACUUCAUGGUCUGUCAAUAAUGGCAUUGAUGCCAAUGAGCUUCUGAAAGAUUUUCCUGAUGAACUGCGAGCGGACAUUGCAAUGCAUUUGAACAAAGAAAUCCUUCAGCUGCCAAUAUUUGAAUCUGCUAGCCGUGGGUGCCUUCGAUCCCUCUCCUUAAGCAUCAAAACUUCUUUCUGUGCUCCAGGGGAAUACCUCAUCCGUCAGGGCGAUGCCUUACAGGCUAUCUACUUUGUCUGCUCAGGUUCCAUGGAGGUCCUGAAGGACAACACUGUGUUGGCUAUUCUAGGUAAAGGCGACUUGAUUGGCUCUGACUUUUUGGCAAAGGACCAAGUGAUUAAGACCAAUGCAAACGUGAAGGCUCUGACCUACUGUGACCUGCAGUACAUUAUCCUGAAGGGUCUGAGGGAAGUACUGGAGCUGUACCCUGAAUACGCGCAGAAAUUCAUUGAGGACAUUCAGCAUGACUUGACCUACAACCUGCGAGAGGGGAAUGAUGCUGAUUUGGAAUAUGAACGUAAUGGAGGUCUUAUCCAAAAGCUGCCCUCUAUCCUGGAGGAUGAAGAACUUGAAGAUGACGAGAACACACCCCUGGCUCCCAAUGCAAAUAGUACUACAGGAAUAAUAUCGCCCAUCAAAGCGUUUUGUUCACCUAAGAUUAGUAGAUGUUCGCUGCCAGUGAAGCAUUUGUCCAAGCCAGCUACUCCCCCUGCAGGAACGUUGAAUAAUAACAAUAAGGAUUUUGGCAAAGGCAGACUUUCAAACAGUAAUGGAAGCAAGCCAUCCAAACUGCAAAUCCCUGCUAUAAACUGUACUGCAGCCCCUGACCUCAGCCCAAGGUUUGUGGAUGGAAUUGAAACUGACAAUAGUACACCAGCCAGACAGAAAUUUGAAUUCAGCACAAAUGAAGUAAAUGAAGACAGUAGCCUUUCUCAGUUAAACUCAGGGGAGGCUGAAGAGACCAAGCAAAAUAUCUCUAAACUUAAUCAAGAGAUGGUUCACCUGUCGGAGCAAGUCACCCAGCUGAGUAAAGACCUGCAUGAUAUGAUGCAACUCCUGAAGCCUUUGUUGACGUCCCAAAAGUACCUGGCUCCCUCUCCAGACCCCACCCUGAACCCCAGCUCGGCAGCAACCCACAGUAACAGCAGUGGACUUGGCAGCAUCAUUCGAUUGCAGGCUCCCUCCACGGCUCCGACUUUUCCCACUCUGUUGAGACCUGACUUUCAGCAGAGAGGCUCAUGGCCUGACAGCAGCCCUUAUCCCACAAGGUCAUCAGUAUCAAACUUGAAUAGCACAGCGGAGAAAAUACAAACUGUUCAGGCCUCAUUAUCUCUGGACUCCUUUCUAGUGGGUUCAUCCCGGAGUACAGGCCUCGGAGACUGUGAGCCCCCAAGUCAGAAUCAGUCUGUGACGCCAGACAUUAACCAAUUAACUCAAUUUCUCCAGGAAGAUGGAAUGCCCCUUGUGCAGUCACCCUCCAUUGUAUCGGUCAGUUUGCAGCAGGUAGCUGAACAUAAUGCUAAGGAAAGUGAGGCGCCGCUAGUAAAACUCUCCCUCCCAGCAGAUACUGCCUGCUUACCAGAUAAAGUGGCUAACUUCCUAAGCCCAUACAACAUAAGGUUAACGAGGGAGCCACAAAGGUCAGAAACGUGUUCCCUUGAAUUGAUAAGGACCUCAGCCGAGGACUCUAGCAGUGAUUCAAUUCAAUUCAUUGAUGAUGAAGGGACAAAUGUAUAAAGGCCUGAGAUUGGAGAAAUGGAUAAUGUUUACCAUGUCAAUGGCACCAAUACACCUCUUUUCUAGAAAAGCUUUUUUGAUCUGGUCUUGAACCUAAAACAAAAAUAAUUCUUCUCGUUGCUCCGAGAAGCUACAAACAAAUGGAUAUUAUUUAGCCAUUAGAAAUAUAUGAUACAUGGAGCCAACUUGCAAGCUAUGGAGCACAUAGAUUGACACAAGAAUGUGCAGCCUGAGAAAGUAACAAAUGAAUGAAUUACACUGUCUUAGGUCGCCUAUGAAGUUACUGUAAAAUAUAGGUUUAAAUCCAGGAAUGAUCAGCUUUUAGCAAUUUGUUUCUAGCAUGUACCUUCCAAAUGAGCCAAAUUGUGUAUAAAUACAGAGUACAAACCCGCUA